AUGUCAGGAAGCCUUGAGUUUGCGGCGGGCAUCUUCGCUAUUAUCGGCGUAGCUGAUGUUGUUGUGAGAACGGGCCGCGAGGUCCAUGGUUUCCUACGCGACCUUGCUGAUGCGCCAGAAGAGAUUGAUCGAUUGUGUACUACCGUCAGAGAAACUACCCUGCUCGUAGAGACUGCAAAACAGAUCCUGGAUACACUCGCUAGUCGGAAGGCAGCUGAUACCGCAGACCAAAUCACAGCUCUAUUCGAAUCUGCGCUUAAGAGCUUACAACGCGAACUACAAAACUUGAGAAUACUAAGUGCGAGAUUUAGAGGCGUGAGCAAGACCUGGAGUAGGGUGAAGUACGUUCUGGACGAGCGUAAAAUCAACAAGAUAUUCAGCAAUCUUGAGCGGUCAAAGGGUCUACUCACAAACUCUCUACAAGUUGCAAGCAGGCAGAGAUCAGAUAGCCAACAUCAAGAGAUUUUAAGAAGGCACAACACGACCCAAAAGCUAUUGGCUUCGACUCGGCAGAAGCAAGCCACACUGAUGCAAGGGCAAGAACUUCUGGGACGUUUGGCAGUCUGCCAUUACCAGGAAUCAAAACAGGCUUCCAAAAUUAUGGCGAUUACCCACCAAGAGCAUAUAAAUGAGCAUCAAAAGACCCGAGAUAUGCUAUCAGCCAAACUCGAAGAUGUCAUCGUCGCCCAGUUUGAGAAAUACCGCAUAUCUCGCCCUACAUCCAUGUCAAUUAGAGACGUCUUCUUUUUCGGCGAACGUCGCGACAUGAUCAUGGCUUAUCUACUAAUAGUCAAACCGCACUUGGAAGUAGCGCUCAGAAAUCUACUCAACGAUGGUAUCGAUAUGUUUCCACCACAUUACGUUUCUUGGCUACAAUCCGAAUAUGACAACCUUGUAGCAUCGGCAGCACAGGAGGAAGCAACAAAGUACCCACAAUCAACUGCAACCCCGCUAGACCGUUGGUAUUACUCUGAAGAGACUAAAUCUCGUCAUCGGACGGCAUCUGGGCAUGCCAUAGGGCAGUCAAGGAUCAAACCUGCUAUACGAGAAGCAAAUUACGCGAAUCUCUACCUUAGCACGCCAGCGAUUGCCCAUCGAUCAACAUAUACAUAUACUACCCCGUUUGGCAGUCUGCGCUUGCAGACUUCUCACCGAGGCUCCAAAUCGAGGUCUCAGCGUCCAGAUGGGGAGGUUAGCUUUACCUUUACCUGCGGUAUUGGCCGAUCAGUCCACGCCAUCCACGCACACUUCCUUCGCAAUCUAUCCGGUCCAUCCAGCCCGGGGCUCUGCGCUCAACUCAGUGUCUUUACAUUGGCUGAGUCUGAGACCCAUUACAACAAGCUUUUCGCAUCUGCAAACGCUGAAGAGAUCGAUGGGGCAUUACGACGAGGCGUUAUUUCUCCUUAUGAGAUCAAUCGAGAAGGAAGAAAUCUAUGUCUAUAUUAUGCUGCAGAGCAUACACGGGUAGACCUAUUCGAUUACUUAGCAAGCCAAGGCAUCGGCGUAUCAAACCUGAACCACGAUGUAAGCCUUGUCGCAGGUCUUUUUAUGCGCUCUAUAGUCGAUCAUGACCGUGUCGCAUUCGAGAAAACUAUCGAUCAUAUUAUCCCCCAAGUCUACGAGUCAUCAUCGUUCUUAUUUGAGACAACAAUGAACAUGCUGCUUUGGGACUAUUAUCAAGGAAGAUCGCGUUCUCUACUGCGCGAACAAAUACAAAGAUUGCAGCAAGAGGGCCUCAUAUCGGAACCUGUAAGUCUGAAUGAUGACCCGUGGGACUGGCCCUCAGUAGCGAGCAUCAUUGCUCCACUGUUCGAAAUCGACGCUGCAUAUAUCAACACAAUGGGUAGUCUUGGCCGCAACAGGAUUCAGCGUUGCUACUGUGUUAUUGAUCAUGAAGGCAGUCCAGGGGAUCCAAUCGCUGUCGAAGAGAUCGCCAACGCAUUGAUAAGGGCGGGUGUGGAUGUACACCACCGCGAUCAUGACGGCUUGACGCCGAGCAUGUACGCUAAACGCUGUGGCGCAUGGGACGGAUGGUGUAGUGCGCUUGCAAGAAAUGGGUCGCUCAUCGAAAACGUGGUGCAAGAAGAAGAGGCAGAAUGGCUUUUGAAUGACGGAUGGAGAGAAAUUUGGCAGGAAAAGUAUGGAGAGAUAUGGAAGACUGUUAAUCAUGGGUCUGUGCUGGCGCAGAGCACGGAGGAUGAAGGGUAA